AUGGCAGCGACAUCGACCAAAUUACGUCCCUUAGUCAAGGGCAGAAUCCUUAAAAAACGUACAAAAAAAUUCAUUCGCCAUCAAAGUGAUCGAUAUGUUCGUCUACGUCCAAGCUGGCGUAAACCACGUGGUAUUGACAACCGUGUCCGACGACGUUUCAAAGGUGUUUACAUAAUGCCAUCAAUUGGUUACGGUUCCGACAAACGCACACGUCACAUGCGCCCAGAUGGUUUUCGACCAUUUCUUGUUAACAAUGUCAAAGAACUUGAAAUGUUAUUGAUGCAAAAUCGUAAAUUUGCCGCUGAAAUUGCUCAUUCAGUUUCGGCACCAAACCGUAAGAAAAUCAUCGAACGUGCACAACAAUUAGCAAUCAAGGUUACUAAUCCNGUUUACAUAAUGCCAUCAAUUGGUUACGGUUCCGACAAACGCACACGUCACAUGCGCCCAGAUGGUUUUCGACCAUUUCUUGUUAACAAUGUCAAAGAACUUGAAAUGUUAUUGAUGCAAAAUCGUAAAUUUGCCGCUGAAAUUGCUCAUUCAGUUUCGGCACCAAACCGUAAGAAAAUCAUCGAACGUGCACAACAAUUAGCAAUCAAGGUUACUAAUCCCAAUGCUCGUUUACGUGCUGAAGAAAAAGAAUAA